GACUGCCGGGAGCAGUGUCCUGUUACAAACAGUGACUCGCCUGUCUCUUUGUGAGCCGCACAUACUUCUAGAAAGGAGGAGGAGAAUAAGUAGAAGGAAGGGGGGUUGGUCCAGGGAGAGAGAGGCAGAACAGGCACUGGCUGUAGAGGAGACGAGGGGAAAACCCUACAUCAGAAAGAAGCCCAGACUUGGCAUCCCGGGACCCCCCAAGAGAGCCAAGGAGAGGAGAGCAGGCUGUCAGACUGACUGAGUGACUGGCUGACUGGCUGAGUGACUGAGCAUGACAGAUGACAAUGUGUCUGCGGGCAGCACCAUGGAGGUGGACGACCGCCUAUCCCACCUGGAGCAGCGUGUCCAGUUGCAGGAGGAUGAGAUCCAGCUGCUGAAGGCUGCACUGGCCGACGCGCUGCGCAGACUGGGCAGCUGUGAGGAGCUGACUCAGCCUGGGGCCGGAGCGGGGGGGAGGAGGCCUACCUUGGCCGCACCCACCAAGGUGCGCCAACUCUUGCAAGCCUUACCAUCCAAGCCUCUCACUCUCAGUAAUGGUUAUGUCCAGCAGAAACAUAUGGGGGGAUACCCUUCCUCCCCCUCUUCUCCCAAAAAGGAAUUGUUGCUGUCCAUCAAAAGGAAGAGCAUGUCGACGGAGCGCCUCUCCACGGCCAGGAGAGAGAUGGUGUCUGACAGCAGAAGCAGAACCACCUCGUCAAGCAGCUCCACAUGUGGCAGGAGCAGCAAAGAAUGCUCCGUCAAUGCAGAGGAUGGCUAUGUGAGGAUGUUCUUGAGGGGUCGGCCAGUCACCAUGCACAUGCCUGACCAGAAGAGGGACAGCUACAGACUGGACCACAAGGGGGCGCUGCCUGAGCACAAGCUCAAACUGCAGUGGGUGUAUGGGUACAGGGGCAGAGACUGCCGCUCCAACCUCUACCUGCUCCCCACAGGGGAGAUAGUCUACUUCAAUGCCUCCGUGGUGGUGCUCUACAAUGUGGAGGAACAGCAGCAGAGACAUUACCUGGGCCACAACGACGAUGUCAAAUGCUUAGGCAUCCAUCCAGACAUGGUCACCAUAGCAACUGGACAAGUCGCCGGAACCUCCAAAGAUGGCAAGCUGUUAGAGGGCAAGCUGUUGCCUCCUCAUGUGCGCGUGUGGGAUUCGGUCAGUCUCAAUACCCUGCAUGUCAUUGGGAUGGGUGUGUUUGACCGGGCAGUCACCUGUGUGGCCUUCUCCAAGUCGAAUGGUGGUGCUCAUCUCUGUGCCGUCGACGAUGCCAAUGACCACAUCCUGUCUGUGUGGAACUGGCAGAAGGAGAAACAGCUGGCGGAUGUGAAGUGCUCUAAUGACUCAGUGCUGGCCGCAGCCUUCCACCCCAUGGACGCCAACCUGAUCGUCACCUGUGGGAAGUCCCACUUGAACUUCUGGACCAUGGACGGAAACACUCUCACCAAGCGCCAGGGGCUGUUCGAGAAAAACGAGAAGCCCAAGUACGUGCUGUGUGUGGCCUUUGCUGAGAACGGAGACGCCAUCACAGGAGACUCCAGUGGAAACAUCUACGUCUGGGCCAAAGGUGGGAACCGGAUCAGCCAGGUGGUGGCGAAGGCCCACGAGGGUGGUAUCUUCUCCCUGUGUGUGCUGAAGGACGGUACACUGGUGUCCGGCGGAGGGAAGGACCGCAGGAUGGUGCUCUGGGACCACGACUAUAACAAGCAGAGUGAGAUGGAGGUGCCUGAGGCGUUUGGGCCAGUGAGAGCCGUGACUGAGGGGAAGCAGGGGGAACUGUUAGUGGGGACCACCAAGAACACCAUUCUUACAGGCUCAUUCCCUGAAACACUCAACCCUAUAGUACAGGGUCACACAGAUGAGCUGUGGGGCCUGGAUAUCCAUCCUUCCAUGGAGCAGUUUGUGACUUGUGGCCAGGACAAGCAGGUCCACCUAUGGGACACCAACUCCCAUCAGCCUCUCUGGAGCAAGACCACCGAGGACCCAGGGCGCUCUGCAGGGUUCCAUCCCAGUGGAGCUGUGCUGGCAGUGGGGACCAUGACAGGAAGGUGGUUGGUGCUGGACACUGACACACAAGACCUGGUGUACAUGCACACUGAUGGCAAUGAGAUAAUCUCUAAUGUCAAGUACUCCCCAGACGGCAACUUCCUAGCCGUAGGUUCCCAUGACAACUUUGUUUACAUCUAUGCCGUGACGGAGAAUGGCAAGAAGUACAGCCGCGUGGGGAAAUGCACUGGUCACUCCAGUUUUGUCACCCACCUGGAUUGGUCCGUCGACAGCCAAUACAUUGUAACCAACUCAGGAGACUACGAGAUCCUAUUCUGGGAAGCUUCCAGCGGCAAACAUGUGACGAGCAUGGACCUAGUUCGUAAUGUGGAGUGGGCAACCUCCACUUGUGUACUAGGCUUCAGUGUCUUUGGUGUUUGGCCCGACGGUGCUGACGGCACAGACAUCAACGCCGUGUGCAGGUCACAUGACUCCUCCCUGCUGGCCUCUGCUGACGACUUUGGCAAAGUGCACUUGUUCUCCAACCCCUGCUCCCAGCCAAGGGCCCCGAGCCAUACCUACAGUGGCCACAGCAGCCAUGUGACCAACGUUGCCUUUCUCCACGACGACAGUCACCUGAUCUCCACCGGCGGGAAGGACACCAGCAUCCUCCAGUGGGUGGUCGCCUAGACAACCCUGCUGCAUCAAUUUCCACCGUCGCCUCCUGCCCACCAGAGGGCAGCACUUCUGUGCCUAUUAAAAACACCCACUUUAACCCUCUCCUCUCUGCACUCCUGUUUGUCUGAUGGUACUGUCCUGAGGUGCCACUAGGUGGGGCACUGACUUCAGAGAAUAAGCAUGUCGAGCCUAUUUAAGACUAUUUAAACAGUUGUAGCUGCUAUUUAUGUUGCAAAGGUCUAUGGAAGUAUAUGAGUGGCUGUGGUAUUCUAAUAUUAACUGUAAUGUGGUGUGGCACCUACAGUAGCACUUGAUACAUAUUUAGGACUGAGUUUAAGCUGUGCUUUGCCUUCAUUUGUUUAAUAAAGUUUCUAACCCAA